GCCGUUUGAUAAAAUGUAGUUGUUUAAUAGAAACGAAGUCGUUUAACCUAAAAACGACAUUAGUUCUUCAACCGGAUGAACGACUGAAGUUAACGCGAGAAAACCGAAAUUCGCACUCUGCCGCACGCAGCGACUCCCUGUGGUUUGGGGAAAACUUCUAGAAUAUUCUUCCAUGGAGGUUAUCAGAGGACUAGCGCCGGCAAUCGUGGUGGCGGUGCUCCUGGCGGCGUUGACGGCGGAAGCCGGCGACAACAACCAAGUAUUCUCUCCCUGCUCCGAUACGCGUGUGCAGAGAUCCGACGGAUUCUCGUUCGGAAUCGUGUUCGCGCCGAAGGACAAGUUCUUUUUGAACAACAAUAACAGCGUUCAGCUGUCACCGUGUGAUACGAGACUCUCUCUCUCCAAUUCGAAUUAUCAGAUCUCUGUGUUCAGACCCAAGGUCGACGAAAUCUCGCUCCUGACGGUUAACUCCUCAUCAUUCACCGCGGACACGUAUGGCUAUAUGGUUGCAUUUGCUGGAAGGAGAUAUGCAGCAAGGUCUCCCCCUGCUUUUGUCGCAAACAGCACAUAUACCGUUACCAGUUUUACUCUUGUCCUUGAGUUUAAGAAGGGGAGACUGCAAAAUUUAUACUGGAAAAGAGAUGGGUGUGCUAAAUGCUCGAGUAAUUCGAAAGCUGUGUGUCUCAACAAUCAGGAUUGUGCACUACAAACGUCCAGUUGCAAGAGCCAUGGAGGAACUGUGGAUUGCAGCAUAGGUAUACAGCUGGCAUUCUCUGGCACAGAUAAGCACCUUGCAGUUCUCAAUUCUUGGUAUGAAGUGAAAAACCUUCGCCAAUAUUCACUGUAUGGCCUUUAUUCAAAUCUUAGAGAUUCCCUCACUAGCCAGUAUGAUAAAUUUUUCUAAUUCCCUUUAGUUAUUUUUUUUUUUAAUUUUGUUUUGUAUCAUUCUGUUGUGAUUUGCUCUUGUUAUUACGUUAUCCACAUCCCAACCCUUCUCUUAUCAAUAUAUUUGUGAGAACCCAGAAUGAUGGCUUGUAUAUUGUAUACCAAAGUUAUGUUUUAUGUUGGAAGGAGUACAAAACAUAUGAAUUUGUUAUUGACUGAA